CGCAUCAAAGACACUAGAAAUUCUCUCAUUCCCAGACAUCAUUGAAUGAAACACAGCAGGGUACUCUCUCUCUCUCUCAAUGUUAAAAGAAGAAGAACCAACUUUUUCUUGGAUGAAUACAGAGUGAUCCCCUUUGUGUAGUCUCUCUCUCUCUCUCUCUCUCUCUCUCUCUCUCUCUCAAUCAUAUGCAGAUUCCAUAAACCACGAGUACUCCUCUGUGUGUGUGUGUGUUAUCGUUAUCCAAAAGAUGAAAAGAAGAGAUAUCUUCUGUGCAUCUCAAGCCUCAACAGCUAUAUGUCUGAGCAUGGAGCAAGCAUCCUCCUGCUCCUCUUCUUCCACCAUUAAACUCGGCGGCAAAACCAUCGACCGCCAUAACCCCAUCAUUGGAGAUUCAAGAAGAAGCGCCAGAGCUCUCUCCGCUCCAUGCGCUUCUCAGCUGCCGCCCAUCGAUCCCAAACCUUACCACCAGCUCCAAAACCAAAAGACCAAGAAAAUCUCUUCUUCGAAGCCAAGAGACCAACGCACGAAAAUCUCUUCCAAGACAAGUGAUCAAAAGAAGAAGAAUAGUACUGUAACCAAGCCGAAUGAUCACCUUAUUAACAAGAACUCUCCUCAUCUGCAGGCAGCUGAUAUUAUACGGAAGAUCUGGGGUAAACAGGAUGAUUUAAUCGGUACUCCUGCUUCGUCGAGAUAUUUGUUGAGCGACACUGCAUACUUCGAUGGGUUGUCGGAUUACGACCCGGUCUUCUCGUUGGUUCCGGUUGCAGAAAAGAAGAAGACUCCAGCUGUAAAUGAUCAAGAUGAAUCCUCUGUUUCAAAACCUGCCUCUUCGUCUUCUCGCCCAAAAUCUCCUUCGUCCGAUCAGGUUGUGGUCUUGAGGGUGUCACUCCACUGCAAAGGCUGUGAAGGAAAACUGAGGAAACAUCUAUCUAGAAUGGAAGGAGUGACGUCCUUCAACAUAGACUUUGCAGCGAAAAAGGUGACAAUUAUGGGGGAUGUGACCCCGUUAGGCGUCCUGGAAAGUGUAUCAAAGGUGAAGAAUGCACAGUUUUGGCCAGCUGCAAUUUCAUCUACUUCCGCUUCUGCUGCUGCUGCAAAUGGUCAACUAAUGUGGAAAUCAAGAAAUAAAGAAAGCUUUACCUGAAUGAGAAAAUCUAAAAAUUCCGCUUUGGGUUGUGUGAGAAUUAAUUUAGUGUAAAAAUCCCAGUCUUAAGCAUAGGCACAAGAACAAGAAUCUCUGCCAUUUAUUAGAGUAGUGAAGAAGAGAAAGUGGUGCCGGAGAGAGCCCACUGGGUUAAUUCUGUCCUCCACUCGUUAUGCUGCACAUGAGGGGUUUUACACAUUUAUAACUCUCUGUUUGUAUGAAAAGAGUGAGUCUUUUCAGGUAUUCUAAUUUAUAAUCAAAUCAAAAGUAUGCGAGUUCUAGGGCCUUUAUACCUAAAGAAAUUUAUCCUUGAAA